AUGAAAUCGUUCGGUUCACCACCAGCUGCUGUAAUCAAUGUGACAGCAGCUGUUAUGGUGUUAAUGGCACCCGAUGGUAAAGUACCAAAAGAUCGUAGUUGGAUGGCGGCUAAAGCUGGCAUCAUGGGUAGAAUUGAUUUAUUCUUAGAUAAUUUAAUCAAUUAUGAUAAAGAGAAUAUUCAUGAAAAUUGUUUAAAAACAGUUCAAGAUUACCUGAGAGAUCCAGAAUUUGAUCCAGAGUUUAUACGGAAUAAGUCGACGGCGGCGGCUGGCCUCUAUUCAUGGGUAAUAAAUAUUGUACAAUUUUAUAAGAUUUACUGUGAUGUUAAGCCUAAACGUGAUGCACUUGACGCAGCUAAUGAAGAAUUACGUCAAGCAACUGAAAAGUUGGAAACUAUUCAAAAGAAGAUUAAAGAUUUGGAAGAAAAAUUGAAGAAGUUAACAGAUGAAUUUGAAAUAGCUACAAUGGAGAAACAGAAAUGUCAAGAUGAAGCCGAGUUAACCUACAAGACAAUUGAACUAGCCAAUCGUUUAGUAGGCGGUUUAGCUUCAGAAAAUGUACGUUGGGCUCAACAGGUGAACUGUUUAAAGAACAAGCUAUCACUCUACCGUUAUCGAAGUGAACUGCUGGAUCAGCAUUGGAUACCAUUUUUGAAAUCAGUUAACCCAUCAAUACCUAUUACGCCAGAUUUGGAUCCAUUAGACAUGUUAGUCGAUAAUGCUGUAGUAGCUACAUGGAAUAAUGAAGGUCUACCAUCAGAUAGGAUGUCUAUAGAAAAUGCCACUAUACUAGCAAAUGCUGAACGUCUUAAGUGGAUAAAAACACGUUAUGGAAUUGAUCUUAAAGUGAUUCGUUUAGGUCAAAAAGGUUACCUAGAUCAUAUUGAACGGGCUAUUACAGCCGGUGAUACAGUACUAUUAGAAAAUAUUGAAGAAUCUGUUGACCCUGUACUAGAUCCAUUACUUGGUAGAAGAACUAUUAAAAAAGGCAGAGCUAUACGUCUUGGUGAUAAGGAAGUUGAAUACAGUCCAGACUUUGAUUGA